AUGGAUGGACCCAGAAAAUUGUAUAAUUAUGUAGGUUUUUGGUUCUCUUCAUUUUCGAGUCAGAAAUUCAAACUAACAUAAUUUCAGCUAGCAACUCUUUCGAUGUUACAAGAUGUUGCCUCGAAACACAGUUUCGAUUUAUCUGAAGAACAAGUUUAUACAAGCACCCAAUGUAUUCGAAACGCUACAAAUACAUUUCGAACUUAUGUAGCUGCACAUCUUUAUUGCAAGCUAGAAUCAAUCCGAAAAACAGUUGGCACAAAACUUGGAGGUCUUCAAUUUCCCCAUGCUCUUCUCACUGAUAUUCCAGCUGAUAAAUCAAUGAAACAACUUGAAGAAUAUACUUGGGAAUGUCAAAAAGUAUUAUGCGAUGUUAUUCGAUUGUCCAAUGCUUCAUGGAGACCAAUUGAAGAGUUGAGAAAACUUGGAGUUAUUAAAACUAUGCUCGCUAUUCAUAUUUUGAGUCCUGACUGGAAUAUGACAAAUCGAUCGGAAAUGACUGGAGCUGCGAUAGAAGUCAUUUCGGUUUGUUGUUGUUUGCCGAAAGUACAAUUAGAAUUAGUGGAAACACAUACACAUGUGCAUACAACAGCUGAUGGAUUAUCGUGGGUUUUUUUGGGGGAAAAGUUUAAAAAUUCUUGAACAAUUUCCAGAGUUCUUCUUCAAACUGGUAGAGGUAUCCAACCUGAGGAAACUGCGGCGGUUCGAAUUUGCGCUCUUAAAGUGAUGAUUUUAUGCUUGAACGUGGAUAAGGAGAUUUAUAAGGUAAUUUUUAUUGAAACUUUCAUAUUAUUUUUCUUACCCAAAACUAGAAAACCUCGAAAUCUUUUCCAGAAACUAGAUCAUGCAAGACAUCGUUCAACCGACGAUAAAAAAGACAAUUCUUCCAAAAAAUCGACUCGAAAUUCGUGCUCACCAGCUCGAAUUCAUUUGGAAACAAUGUGGAGUGCAUCACGAAAACAAGAUGCAAUUUUGAUGUUAAUUGAUGUUUUGCAUACUCGAACUCCGACAACAGAUGCUGAUUUAAUUCGAACUCAUGCUUGUACUGCUUUAGCUGGAUUAGCGAGAUGUGAAGAAGUUCGACAAUUGUUAUCCAAAAUGCCAUUGGUGGCUAAUAAUGAGUUGCAAGGUGAGCAUUUCAAGUUUAAAAAAACAAUGAAAUGAAAUACGUGGAUUGUUGAAGUUCACGUUGAAAAGUAUUUAGAAUUUUUUUUAAUUUUUAUGGUUUAAAUUUGAAAACUUCUUCAAAGUCAGCUUGAAUUCUCUUCUCCAAACUUAAUAAAAAAUUUCAAAAGUUGGAAAUUCACCUUGAAAUUUUCCUAGAAUAAAAUUAGAAUAAGAAAUUCAUUAAAUUUCAUAAAAUCCAGAUUUUUCUAUCGAAUAUUGCAGCUCUGAUGCGCGAACCAGUUGCGGAAGACAAAAAAGCCGAACAUCAAAUGUUUUGCCGCGAAGUGACAGCUCUUCUCGAAAUUGUCAGCGGUAAAACAAUGCACGAUCAAGUCAAAGAUUUAACACAGGAAAAAUUGCACAAACAAUGGAUUGUCGAAAAUACAAAGAUUAAUUUCAAUGAGAAAGAAUUGUUGCAAUUAAUGAUUCAAUAUUUGAAUCAAAGCGGAUAUCAAGAAUCAGCACAAAUGUUGAAAAGAGAAGCAGAUUUGCCAGAUUUUCCUGGAACGAGAGCAAAUAAUAAUGGAAUUCCGGCGACUCCUAUUAAAAGUUCGGAAACAUUGCUGGAACCAUCGACAUCAACAUCAACAUCGGCUAAAAAAUCUUCAAAACCACCAGUUUUUUCGUCGCCAAUUGCUAGAUCUUCUUCGAUGGAAAAUGAUGAUGUUUUUGCGACUCCGACGAGUGUUGUUAGAUCGAGAACAUCAGCGAAUAGUGAGUUUAAAAAUAAAUUGAAUGUUUUCUGUAAAAUCUUGAAAAUUUUCAAAAUUUCCUUCAAAAAAGUCCGGAAAAAUUCAAUUGCCAAUUCUUAUUUUUUUCCAGAAGCAGUCUUGAGUUUCCCAAAGAAAUAUCUCCAAAGUCCAAUGAAGCCCCAAAAAUCAUAUCCAUUUUCUGGAAACGAAACAAAACCAUAUCGAUCAUUGGAUGGAAUUAUCUCUGAAUAUUUGAGAACUCAACAUUCUCGUUGCAAAAAUCCAGUCACAACAUGUCCUCCAUUUUCCCUUUAUUAUCCACAUCGUUGUCCAGAUUUAAACACAGCAGGAAUGGUUUCAACAAAUAUUGCAAGACGACAAAUGGACAAAGAUAUUCUUAAUCCAAAUAAACGAAUUGUAUCAAAUUGGCUUGAUGAACGAUUCAUUUUUAGUCGUUUUAGACCAAUUAAAACAAUUAACGAACACGAUGAAACUUAUACAACUUGCUCAUUUUCAAUUGAUGAUGAACAUGUUAUAUUAGGCUUAUUUUCUGGAGAUGUUCAUUGGAUUAAUAUUGAAAGUGGAGCUGAUGAAAGUGUUACAAAUUGUCAUAAUAGUUCGAUAACUCAUAUUGAACCAUCUGAAGAUGGAACUAUGUUACUUACUUCAUCUGCUUUUGUUAGACCACUUUCUGCACUUUGGAGACUCGGACAUGCUAUGGAAUUACUACAUAUUUUUAAUGAAGAUUCAACGGUCAAAUUUUCGAAUUCGAGUUUGGAUAGGAUUAUUGGAACAUUCUCCACUAAAGCUACACUUUAUGAUACAGAAUCGAAACAUGCUUUAAAUAGUUUCAAAUGUGGUGAUUUUGAUGAACCGAGACAUACCAAAAAUAUUGCUAGUUUAUCGCCUUGCGAUCGAUUGGUUUUUAAUGAUGGAGUUUUGUGGGAUGUUAGAACUUCUGGACAACCUUUGCAUGUUUUUGAUAUAUUAAAAGAGAAGACUUUUAAUGGAUGUUUUCAUCCGCAUGGAAAUCAAGUUAUUAUUAAUACCGAAGUUGUGAGUUUUUUGUUGGAAGGGGAAAAAUAAAUAUUCUCACGGCUUGGAAGAGUUUUAUUUUUAAAAAGUCACGAGAAAACUUUUGGAAAACUAAGUUCUAACAUCUUUUUGAAAUGAAGCCUCCAAAAAGUGGAAUUUUUCAUAAAAUACUAUUCUAACCUUCUUUUUACAGUUUGACAUUCGAAAUUAUCGACUUUUACACCAUGUUCCGGCUCUCGAUCAAUGCAAAAUCGUAUUUAAUUCAACUGGAAAUAUGAUGAUUGCUUCAAUGUGUCAAGAUCCAGAUGCAGAACAAAAUAUUGAUACAAUUGGUUCAACAUCAUUCAGAACUUUUGACACAUCGGAUUAUUCAGUUAUUACAACUCAUGAUAUGAAAAAACCAAUUCUUGGUCUAUCAACUUCACAUUCUGAUACAAUGGUUUCCGUUGUUGAACAACAUAAACAAUUAGCCUCUGAAUAUAUUGUUGGAUCAGCUUCGCAAUGUAAAAUAUUCUCAAUUGGAAGACAUCGUGUUGCUGGAGAUGAUGAUGGAGAAGAAGAAGAAGAGGAAAAUGAAGAAGAUGAAGAGAAUAAUCGAAGUGAUUCUGAUGAUUCAGUUGGAGUACAUUCAGAUGAAGACGACGAUGGAAGUGACGAUGACGAUCGAAGUAAUUCAGAUGAAAGUGGCGAAGAUGAUAUGGAUGAUUAUAUUGAUAUGGACGAUGAUAGAAAUAGUUUAAGUGUAUUUGAAGCGCUUGGAAGAUUGGGUGAUUUGGAAGAAAGUGAUGAUGAUUAUGAUGCGGAGAGUCGAAGUAGAAGUAGAAGUUUCUCAACUUCAUUAUCUUCGGAUUCAUCGGAUAGUAGUAGUGGAUGGGAAACUGCGAGUGGUGAGGGAAAUGAUGAAGAAGAACAAGAGGAGGGAGGAGUUCAAUUUGGAAAUAUGGAUCGAUCGAAUAGUGAAGAACCGGAUGAUAGUUAUGAGUAAGUUGUUCAAACUAUUCCUGGGAAUAUAGAGAAACUUACCUUUUUUCUAGAAAAAAUACAAUUUCAGAGUUUUCAGUAAUAUCAUUUCCCCUUCCAUUGCACCAUUUUUCUGAAAAUAUCGAAAAUAUUCUAUUGUUUUCCAGGCCUGAUCCUCAAAAUGACAUUGAUAGUCGAAGUUCGACAGCUCUCAAUCCACAUCUUCGAAGACGUAAUCAAAAUAGUCAAUAA